UCGCGGCGGGCGCGCUGAAUGAUAUCUGUCAAGUGGGUUAGCAAUUGAGCGCCCUGGCUUUGACUGAACCUGUGGGGCGCUGCCCGGCCAAGGAUUCUCUGCGACUCUUGGUCUGGUUUUCAUCCUUACGGGGAAUAAAUCUCUCGAUACUAACUGGCUUGCUGCCGGAAAGGGGACAGUUAUUCCAAGACCCACUCAUCUUCCAGUGGACACCGAGCCUAGCAUUUGCAUCGUCCGCAGUUUGGCAGUUUUACCAGGGGUCUGCAACAUUGAAACAUGGCUAAUGGACAGGACCGCGUAGUAGCUCUAGUGGACAUGGACUGUUUUUUUGUUCAAGUAGAGCAGCGGCAAAAUCCUCAUUUGAAGAAUAAACCUUGUGCAGUCGUACAGUACAAAUCAUGGAAGGGUGGUGGAAUAAUUUCAGUGAGUUAUGAAGCUCGUGCAUUUGGGGUCACUAGAUACAUGUGGGCAGAUGAUGCAAAGAAGUUAUGCCCAGAUCUUCUACUGGCACAAGUUCGUGAGUCCCGUGGGAAAUCUAACCUCACAAAGUACCGGGAAGCCAGUGUGGAAGUGAUGGAGGUAAUGUCUCAUUUUUCUGUGAUUGAACGUGCCAGCAUUGAUGAAGCUUAUGUAGACCUAACCAGUGCUGUACAAGAGAGACUACAAAAGCUGCAAGGUCAGCCUAUCUCUGCAGAUUUGUUGCCAACCACCUACAUUGAAGGGUUGCCCCAAGACCCUACAACAGCAGAAGGGACUGUUCAGAAAGAAGAAAUGCGAAAACAAGGCUUAUUGCAAUGGCUUGAUUCUCUUGAGACUCAGAACACCACCUCUCCAGACCUGCAGCUCACCGUGGGAGCAGUGAUUGUGGAGGAAAUGAGAGCAGCCAUCGAGAGGCAGACUGGUUUUCAGUGUUCAGCUGGAAUUUCACACAAUAAGGUCCUGGCAAAACUGGGUUGUGGACUAAAUAAGCCCAACCGCCAGACGCUGGUCUCACACAGGUCGGUCCCACAGCUCUUCAGCAACGUGCCUAUUAACAAAAUCCGUAAUCUCGGAGGAAAGCUGGGAGCUUCUGUCAUUGAAAUCCUGGGGAUAGAGUACAUGGGUGAACUGACCCAGUUCACUGAAUCCCAGCUCCAGAGUCAUUUUGGGGAGAAGAAUGGAUCUUGGCUAUAUGCCAUGUGCCGUGGAAUUGAACAUGAUCCAGUUAGACCCAGGCAAAUUCCCAAAACCAUUGGCUGCAGCAAGAACUUCCCAGGAAAAACGGCUCUGGCUACCCGGGAACAGGUACAAUGGUGGCUUUUGCAAUUAGCCCAGGAAUUAGAGGAGAGACUAACGAAGGACCGAAAUGAUAAUGACAGGGUAGCCACGCAGCUGGCCGUGAGCAUUCGUGUACAAGGAGACAAACGUCUCAGCACUCUGCGCCGCUGCUGUGCCCUUACCCGCUAUGAUGCUCACAAGAUGAGUCAUGAUGCGUUUGCUGUCAUCAGGAACUGUAAUACUUCAGGAACACAAACCGAAUGGUCCCCUCCCCUCACAAUGGUUUUCCUCUGUGCUACCAAAUUCUCUGCCACUGCCCCUUCGUCUUGCACAGACAUCACCGUCUUCUUGAGUAACGACUCAGGUUCUCUGCCAAAGGUGCCAGUUGCCAGUCCAGAAACUAAGACCCAGGGAAGUGGCCCAUCGGUGACAGCCACUAAGAAAGCAGCCACUUCUCUGGAAUCAUUUUUCCAAAAAGCUUCAGAAAAGCAGAAAGUCAAAGAUGCUUCACUUUCAUCCCUUACUGCCACUUCCCAGGCCCUCAAGAGCAAUUCACCACUGAAGCUCUCCUUACCUUUCCAAACCAGCCGUACUACAGGAAUCGGGCCCUUCUUUAAGCAGAAAAGUUUGCUUCUGAAGCAGAAACAGCUUAAUGAUCCUUCUGUUGUCAUUCCUCCACAGAAUCUGCAGUCUAGCCCUAAAAAGUUAUCAAAAUAUUUUCCAGCAAAGUAUCCAGAUUCUGCCCCCGUCUGUGAAGGGGUUUUGAAGCUCGAAUCCUUUAAAGCAACUCCUGCAGAGAUGGAUUUGGCCCGAAACAGCCGGAGCAGGUUUGCCUCUUUAACCUCCCAGUCUGCUCCAGAGGGGGCUCAGAAGGCAGCUACCACCCCACGCCUGCUGGCUACUGAGGACCAAGUGCCCUGUGAGAAGUGUGGCUCUCUGGUACCUGUGUGGGAGAUGCCGGAACAUAAGGACUAUCAUUUUGCACUAGAGUUGCAGAAAUCCUUUUUCCAGCCCCACAGUUCACACCCCCAGGUUGUUCCUGCCAGUUCUCCUCAAGGCAAAAGAAAUCCCAAGAGCCCUCUGGCCUCUGGUAAUAAACGCCCCAGGCCUGAGGGCAUGCAGACCUUGGAAUCAUUUUUUAAGCCAUUAACACCCUAAGUGCUGUCUUCAGGCUUGCUGCAAUGUUUUAAUAUUUUAUCUAUAACCUGGGAAAUGGAAAUAUGUUUACUUUUUAAGGAAAUUCAUAACUAUAAAAAUUUUAUAAGAAAAAUAAUUCAGUUAAAUGCUGAGUGUAGGCUAUCUCUUCAUGGGCAUGGAUUCUAAUUUCAUUGCAAAUAGAAAUGUAAAAAUUUGUCUUCCAGAGAUACAACUGCUUUGCAUUUUUAAUCAUGAAGUGUUUAGGGAGGCAGUGUCAUGUAGUCAAAAAUGUGUGGGCCUUGGAGCCUUGGAGAUCUGGUUCCAGACCUGACACUGCCUCCUGUAUUGUAGUAUAUGGCCUGGAGCUAGUCACUUUCCUCACUCUUCCUCAUCUUUGAGAUGAGCAGAAUUGAGAUAAUGCCUUACAGAUUACUGAAGAUUAAGAAUAAUUUCUUAAAAUACUAUAGCACAGAAGGAACUGAGUAAAAAAGUUUUUGUUCCCCCUUCCUCUGUGUUGGGUUACUCAGUAGAUACUGAACUUCAUACAAGCAAACUGUGUGGACAGCCAGUUUUAGCCAUUGGCCCUUCUGCCUCUUGCAUCUUGUUCUAUGUACGAGAUUGUUACUGGACGACUGCAGGAACCCUGCUUAGACUGGGUAGUCAUGACCAGAACUAGAUUACCUCCAGAACCCUGCUGCUCGUGUGAUGCUGAGCAGCAGCAGCAGCACCAGGGAACUUGUUAAAAUUGUCUCAGCUUCACCUCCACCCCAGCUGAAUCAGAAUCUGUAUAUUAAUAAGAUUCCUCAGGGUGUAUCUUAAAGUUUCAGAAAUACUGAUCUAGAAAAUACUAACAGCUGGCCAGGUUUGUAGAGAGCAUUUUGUUAAACCCUAAACUACAAAUUUAAAGGGUAAGUACUUGGGCCUUUGGGGUCAGUGGUGUGCUCACCUCUUCCCUAUUUAAGUGACCAUUUAGGUUUUCCCUGUUUAGUGACCAUAGCUUAGGGUUUUAAAUUGCUGUAGCUUUUUGCACUUAUCUGCAUUUAUUGUGCUGUAUUUUUCGUCUCUGCUCUUAUAUGUGGAAAGUUAGCCUUUUUUUUUUUUUUGUCUUUUCUGAUAUGGAGGACCUUGAAUAAAACUGAAGAUGAACCACAUUACAUGGUAGUGAGGUAGUGCAGAAGUAGGGACAAGGGUGCACAUAUUUCCCCUCAGAUACAUCUAUAAAAACCAACUGCUUUUUAAGCUUAUUUAUAAACUCGGGGGUCUGUUUUUAGUUUGAAGGAGGGAAACAAUUGAAAACCACCAGGUCUAACAGGAAAUUUCUUGCUCCAAAAAUAUUUAAAUGUCUAAUAAAAGACAAUAUUUACUCUAUACAUGGUCCUUUCCCUACUAGGUCUGUAGUUUCUUGGAGGCAAGAAUUCUACACAGUGCCCUGCACAUAAUAGAUGCUUAAUAUUCAUUGGAUGAAAAUAUAUAAUGAAAAAAAUUGUAGAUGGUUACUGGAACUAGCAAAAUAAAAAUAUACAUGCUACUGGCAGACAGGGGCAGGAGGCUGUCUUAUAUAUCCUUUUAUCCUCCUAAAUGGUCCCUUGACCUGAAGUAGCUCACUGGAGUUCCUGGAGAUGUGUCAUUAAGUACUGAUAUGAUUUUCCAAAAUUUCCCUUCUUAACCCAGGAAGAGUUUUUAGAAAAUUUUUAAAAUAAAAAAUGCAUUUUUGUUCUUUGAUGGGUGAUUGUGUGCAGGUUUCAUAUUUCAAAUUCACUUAAACCUAAGAAAAAUUGUUUUAAUUCAGUGGUGUGUAAGAAUGAAUUAUGCCAGGAUGUCAUCAUCCCACAUCUGUUGUCAUUGACAGCAGCCAGAAGUCCAACUGGGGUCCUGCUGGGAGCUUAUUGAUAGGAGCUUGUGGAGAAUCACAAUGGGAAGAGGGUAUUUUGACUAUAAAUACUGAGUUUAUGAGGAUUAUUUGAGAGUUUUGGUUUGGAUGAGGUGCCUCUUCACUAACCUACAAACUCUCUGAAGACCUUUGAGACAUUUGCUCCUACUUGUGGGCAGUGGUGUUAAACCCCCGCAGAACCUCAUAAAUGAUGCUAUUCGUGGCCCCUCGGUCCUCCUGCUGACACUCCUGUCCUGGCUGCCUAGCAAUGUGCUCUAGCAACAGGGAACUUUUACUUUUGUGCUGGCAGCUGGACAUCAGCUCUUCGGUGGCUCUGCUGCCAACUUUCUGGAGUGCCUCCUGGUAUAAAAAGGUACACUUUGUAUUAAGUUUGGACUUGACUCCUUUGCCUCCCCUUGAUUGGAACAAUAGUGUGAUUAAUCUGUUAUUUGUUUGGUGUAUGUUACUUUACUUGGCUUAUUAAGAGAAAUAUUGUGCCCUGGCUGAUGUGGCUCAGUGGAUUGAAUGCUGGCCUGCGAAUCAAAAGGUUGCCAGUUCAAUUCCCAGCCAGGGCACAAGCCUAGGUUUCAGGCCAGGUCUCCAGUUGGGGGUGUGUGAGGCAACCUGUCGAUGUUUCUGUCACACAUUGAUGUUUCUCUCCCUCUUUCUCCCUCCCUACCCCUUUCUCUAAAAAUAAAUAAAACCUUUAAAAAAAGAAGAUACUGUAUUCUACUCACUGGCUUAUGAAAUUAUAAUUCCUACAGUGAACCUGUGCUAAAUAAAUUGCUGGCAAAGACAGAAA